CAAGUCAGCCAUAGUUCUGUAUUGGCAGAUGCCUCUCUUCACUUACUUACAAACAACAAUCUUCCAAUUCUCUCUGUCUCAACAAUCUGCGUACAGAAAUAGUCACUUCCUCUCCACGAAACAAUAUUUUUUUACUGCUCAAAAUUCGAAAUUUCUAUGUGAUUGCCAAAGAAGUAGAAAAAUAAAACCAAGUCUUGAUGUAUCUCUCACCAAUUUUCUUUUCCUCUUCUUGUGUGAACUGUAAUAUGGACCUGGUCUGCUGAGAAUUUCCAAAUCAGUCUUAUGAUUCUUCUAUGUACUUUCUCAAGCAAACACAGUUUCGAGAUAAUUUUGCUGUUUUUGUUAACGAGUCCAGAAAAUGGAAAUAUCAGAUUUACAAGAGAAACAAUCAUUAGCUGGUGAUUCUCCAGCCAAAAGCUUUAUAUCAUCAUCAACAGAAACAGAGACUAUUGCAGAAUUAUCGACUUUCAUAGAGAAACUUAGUCCAAUUCUUGAUGAAAUGAAAGACAGCAAUGAGGUUGCAGACCUACCAACCAUUCAGAAAGCUAUUGAAUCACUUGACACUGAUUUCCGACGUGCCAAAUUUGUUGUUGGAAGUCCAAAUAUCCGAUCAUCACCCGCCAAGCAUAUUGAAGAUUUGACGCAGAAUUUGGGAAGAUCACUAGGCCUGGUCCUCUUUGCAAGCCAUGAUGUACCAAUAGCUAAUAAGGAAAAGAUUAAAACUUUGCGUGAGAAAAUGAUGAAUGUAAGAAUUGAUUUGAGUUCAGAGCGUGAAUCAGAAUUUCCGAGUGAGGCUGAGGAUGAAACGAUGGAGGAGGAAACCGAGGAGGAAAAAACAGAAAUUGAGAUAGAGGAGGAGGAGGAGGAGGAGGAAGAGGAAGAGGAAGAGGAAGAGGAGGAUAAAAUUAUAUUGGACAUUGAUGAUGCUAUUAUGCAGAUCAAGAAUGGUAAGGACAGCAAAUUUAAAAAUGCACUUUUGGGGUUAAAUACACUGAUCAUGGAUGGUAUGAUUUCAAGUGAAAGAAUGAAUGAUGAAGGUAUAAUCAAGGUUUUAUCUCAACGAUUGGGUUCGAGUAAAGGAGAUGACAGAGUGACUAUAAUUCAAAUACUAAGCUAUCUUAUCGCGAAGAAUAAUCAAAGCAAGGAAGACAUGAAGGAUUUGGGAUUUCUAUCAGCAUUAGUGAAGUCACUGGCUCGGGAUGUGGAGGAGCAAAGGGAGGCCGUAGGGCUUUUAUUGAAUCUUGCAGAUGAUCCAGCAGUCAGAAGAAGAAUUGGGAGAACGCAAGGAUGUAUUGUAAUGUUGGUGACGAUUUCCAAUGGAGAUGAUCAAGAGGCUUCUAGAAAUGCAAAAAAAUUGCUAGAUGCAAUGUCAAGCAAUACUCAACAUGCUCUUCAUAUGGCUGAGGCUGGUUACUUCAAGCCUCUAAUCCACUACCUAAAGGAAGGCUCCGAUAUGAGUAAAGUUCUGAUGGCAACAGCGAUAUCAAGGAUGGAACUCACAGAUCAAAACAAAGCUUCCCUUGGAGAAGAUGGGGCAAUUGAACCGCUUGUGAAAAUGUUCACCAAGGGUAACCUUGAAGCUAAACUUUCAGCAUUAAACGCGCUGCAAACUUUGUCAUGCUUGAAGGAGAAUAUCCAACUCUUGAUUCAUUCAGGAAUUGCAGCAGCUCUUCUGCAGCUUCUUUUCUCUGUGACGUCUGUUCUCAUGACUCUGCGCGAGCCAGCAUCAGCAAUUCUUGCAAAGAUUUCUCAAUCUGAAAAUAUACUUUUCAAACAAGACGUAGCUCAGCAGAUACUAUCACUUUUAAACCUUUCUAGUCCGGUAAUUCAGAAUCAUCUCUUAGAUGCACUAAAUAACAUUGCCUCCCAAUCACGCGCAUCAAAAGUCAGGAAGAAAAUGAGAGAAAAUGGCGCAAUUCAGCUCCUCCUACCUUUCUUUACGGAAAGCAACACUAAAAUCAGGACGGGUGCCUUGAAAUUGGUUUACACACUGUCCAAAGAUAUACCGGGAGAAUUCAGAGAACAAUUUGGGGAUACACAUCUGACUACUAUUUCAAAUAUAGUUUCAACAUCAACAUAUGAGUGUGAAAAGACUGCUGCCCUUGGCAUACUAAGCAAUUUGCCGGUGAAUGACAGGAAAAUUACAUAUGUACUCAAGAAUGAGAACUUAUUGCCCGUGUUAAUUUCCAUGGCAAGUUCAAUAACUACAACUUCGACCCCUACAAUGAUAUGGUUGACUGAGAGCAUAGCAGGUAUAUUAAUCCGGUUCACAAUCCCGACAGACAAAAAACUACAACACUAUGCUGCUGAGAAUGGUAUAAUUCCUGUUCUUCUAAAGCUACUUUCAAGUUGUUCGUCAGUUACUAAAUCUAAGGCUGCUACUUGCUUGACUCAACUGUCUCAAAAUUCUGUACAUUUAAGUAAGUCGAGAAAAUCAAGGUGGUUUUGCAUCCCUCCCUCGAACGCAGUUUGUGAAGUUCACGAUGGAUACUGCUCUCUCAAAAGCACAUUUUGUUUAGUGAAAACCGGUGCCAUUUCUCAAAUGAUUCAACUCUUGCAAGGUAGUGAAAGGGCAUCAGAUGAAGCGGUUCUUAGUUGCCUAUCAACACUUCUACAAGAUGAAAUUUGGGAGAAUGGGAUCAAUUACAUAUCGAAAAACUCAGGAAUUCAAGCCAUUCUGAAAGUUAUUGAAUCAGGGAAUGCAAAGUCUCAAGAGAAAGCCCUUUGGAUAUUGGAAAAAAUUUUCAGUGUUGAGGCUCAUAGAGUAGAGUAUGGUCAAUCUGCACAAAUGCUUCUCAUUGAUCUAGCAAAAAAUGGCGAUCCUAUAUUGAAACCAAUGGUGGCUAAGCUAUUGGCACAACUUGAACUCUUGCAAUCUCAAUCUAGUUACUUUUGAGAUGUUAGGUGCCCUUUCUCAUUUUUCAUUUUCUUUCUCAUUCUCAUUUGUUUUUAGUUGAACUAUGUUAUACAUACACCAAAGUUGACAUCUUGAUUUACACCCACCCAUGUGAGUUGGCAGAUUUAGAUGCAUUGAUUUUAACAAUACGUUUUUAAUCAAUGGUCAGAUUUUUGACACGUAGGGGGUGUAAAUCUCGGUGUACGUAAUGGAUGUACAAAUAGCAUAAUUAUUAUUUUUAAAUAUUCAAAUUUAUGUUUGCAACUGCCUCA